GGAAGAGCCAAGUGCAAGACCACCAGCACAGUACCGUAAGAGAAGAUAAACAUGGCUCCCCUCGCGCUCAGUAACAAAGUGGACGCGAUGUCGUUGGGCGGCCAUGGAAGUCUCAGCUCCGCGCAAAAUUUACCUCCCGUCGCUAAAACCGAGGCUAAUUCCGUGCCAACAACAUCAACCAAACCAAAAUCUGUCGAGACCAAGAGAGCGACUAAGGACAAGACGAUCUUUCGGUGUACGUUUCCAGGAUGCGGCCGUGAGUUCCAACUCAAAGGCAAUUUGAAGCGACAUGUCAAUAUCCACAAUGGGGAUAAGAAAUUCGCAUGUAAAUUUUGCGGUAAGAAAUUCCUGCGUAAGGCAGACAUGGAGGUGCACUACCGUGUCCACACGGGCGAGAAGCCCUACCGCUGUAAGUACGAGGAGUGUGGCAAGUGCUUCGCGCGUCGUUCGGAUUUAUUGAGUCACGAACGCACCCACACAGGCAGGAAACCAUUCUCAUGUGCCUUCCCUGGUUGUGACCGCAGUUUCGCUCGGAAAUUCGAUCUCCACAAGCACCAGCGACUUCAUGAAGACCAGACAGACGCUUCUGGUAGACCCAGGACCAAGAAACGCAAACUGUCGCCUGUUGUGGCGAAGAAAAUCGACUCGGGAGAUGAGAGCUGUGACUGUCCAAGCGACGUCGCCAAUGCUCUGGUUACGACCGCAGACACGGCCAUGAACCCCGACGUGUUGCUACCGGAACCGUUCGUGAUGAAGGCUCCUCUGCCAAUCACUACAACGUGUAGGACCAAUCGACGCAAAAUGUCCGCCACCGCCGCGUGUCUGGACACUCCGACCAGACCGAUACGCUACGAGUUGAAGUGUCCAGAGAACCACAUUCACUCUCCACCUGCGUGUCUUGCGGCGCUUUCGUCGUUGGACGCGUUCUUGCUGUCCCAGGAGACGUUGCCGUUUUCUCUGGACGCCUUCCCUCCUCACUGUCCCUCAACUACUAUCGGAACUAGUUGCUGCCCCGCUCAUCUGGAGCUGAGACCUCCCCCGCCUGAUGAUAUUACGGUCUCUACUACUGGGAAUAAAGUAUCGAGUGGAUCGGACAUGCUGGAGCAACUCUUGACGCCGCUCCCACCCUCAAGUGCCCUACCCAACGGUAUUGGGAACAGCUCCAUGGGUCCGACAUUCCCUGAGGACCCAACCUUGACGUUCAUUGCGCCGGACGCCACUGGAUCAGCCUUCGCUCCAGUCAACCAACUGUCGAGCUCGGGUAACGCAGCUCAUGGAGCUGCUUCUGGUAGCGAUACGCCGGCUGCACCUGCCAAAUCUGCUAGCGAGAAGGCUUGCGUGUCGACGCCGACGUCGUUGCUGCAGUACUCGCGUCACAAUCGCUCCUGUGGCCACUUGUCCAUCCAGCACGGAAACCACCGCGAUUAUGUGGUGCAAAACCAUCUCGUGUGCCAAAACAGUGUCACGAAUCUGGACCGCAGCUAA